AUGGAUAUUAACCAAGAGCAUACAGAAAGGUCCGAAGAAGAGCUUAAGAAAGAAGCUAUCAAAGAAAAAGAUCUUGGUAAUGAAGCAUAUAAAAAACGUGAAUUCGAAAAAGCAUUACAACAUUAUAAUAAAGCUUGGGAAUUGGAUCCUACUAAUGCUUCUAUUUUGACUAACAAGGCGGCUGUAUUGUUUGAACAAGAACAUUAUGAAGAAUGCAUCAAAAUUUGUGAACAAGCCGUCGAUGUUGGCAAUGCUUAUGUUAAACUUGACAAGUUCGAUGAAGCGAUUAAAUAUUACGGCAAGUCAUUAGCUGAACAUCGAACACUCGAAAUACUUACUAAAUCUAACGAAAUUAAAAAGUUAAAAGUCAAACGCGAAAAAGAAGCAUACUAUAAUCCAGAGCUUUCUGAAAAAGCUAGGGAAGCCGGAAAUGAACUUUUCAAAAAAAAUGACUUUGCAGGUGCCGUGCAACAAUAUACAGAAGCGAUUAAGCGUAAUGAGAAUGAACCCAGAUCUUAUAGUAAUCGCGCAGCUUGUUACACAAAAUUAAUGGCAUAUGAAGAAGCAUUGAAAGACUGCGAGACUUGUAUUAACCUUGAUCCUAAUUUUAUUAAAGCCUAUGUCAGGAAAGCAGCUGUAGAGUUCUUAAAAAAAGAUUACUCAAAAUGCUUGGAAACUUGUAAAGUUGCAACGAAUUACGAUACGGAAAAAAAGCACACUUCGGAAAUUCAAGCACAGAUGAAAAAAUGUAAAGAAGCAAUGUACCAAAAUAGCCCAGAAAGUGUGGAAGAGACAAUUCGGAAGGCCGCUAGUGAUCCUGAAAUUAUGAAAAUCCUCCAAGACCCUGUUAUGCAACAGAUUUUACAACAAUGCCAGGAUGACCCACCGAAUAUUGAAAAAUUGAUGAAUGCUGGCAUUUUGAGGACCGCUUAA